AUGCAGUGGAGGGGAGGAACUGUGGCGAGUUGUGUGAGGGGCGUCUUACACCACCGUCAGCGCGCCUGUGCGAUGCUGGCAGUGGGUGCUGCUCCUCGGGCCUUCUGCACGGCGACCCCGUUGUUGAUGGGGCACUGCGUACCGACAGUAAAGUUCUCUCUUGGGGCUUUGCCACCGAAGUUGCAGCGGGAGUUUUGCUGUGAAGAGAAUGCCCAGAACUUGAGACACGUGACGCAGCGUCCACCGGACACCGCUGCAGAUCCCACUGAAAAAGUCGUCCAUGUCUUGCCCUCGUGGGUGCACGUGGUCGCGUGGCAGUGCGAGGCGUGCGGGUGCCAGUGGUCCGCUCGUCCAGUGGAUCGCACGGACCCCCAGGUCUCCUCCUUCUACGCCUGCCCAAAGUGCGUCUCUGGCGCAACGGCGGAGCCGACGGCAACGUCUGACUCGCGACGAUCCCGUUUACGGCGGCUUGCUGAGGUGCAUCCGCUGCUUGCGGCGCAAUGGGACGAAGGCCGCAACGCCGUCCUCCACAACCGCGUCUUUAUUGAGUCUGUGGUCGAUGUGCCGCUACCGUGCAGCACUGUGGUGUGGUGGGCGUGCCCGCAUUGCCGGAGGUCGUGGAGAGAGUCUGUUGAUUCCCGUGUGCACCGGUACGAGCAGCAGCAGCAGCAAGAGCGGAAGAAAAACGAUGGUGAUGGUGGAAGUGCCACGCUUCCGCUGUGCCCCUCAUGCGAAAGAAGUGGUGUUUAUAGCUCUCCCCGCCCUGAGGCAACUUUGCCGUCCUCUGCCUUUGCAGCGGUAUCGUCGCGGUGUGGAGAAAACGGUGUCGUGGGGGUAAAGCGCUUCUUAAAGGACGACGCGGUGCUGCUUGCGGAGGCGCUCUUGCGUCCGCACGAGGACCCGGCGGCACUCUCCCUACACAGCAAUAAACCUCUCUUGUGGAGGUGUCGCUGGUGCACGCAUGAGUUCACAGCCUCAAUUGCAGACCGCUUCCUCCGCUACUAUCGCUGCCCGCAGUGCACGGGCGCCGUGGCCACCCCGCUCAAUCUUCUUACCAUUCAGCGCCCAGACGUAGUCCGCGAGGUGGCGCAAAGUGUGUCGAGGACGAAGCUGUUGCAUAUGACUAUCCACGACAACACCAUCGUGACGUUUGUAUGCCGGACAUGCAUGUCUCCUUAUCGCAUGUCUGUGCGGCUGCGUUGCGUGCUGCAGCCUGGGGUCACGGCGUGCCCGAAGUGCCUUUGGAACCGCUCACAGUUUGCGAAGGAGGUGGCUGUGGCCAAUGCAGAGCGCGGCGCGUUAAGUGCGGCUCCGCGUUUGUCAAUGAAGAAAUUUCGUUUGAAGCGACGUCGUCGGGGCACCUUCGACACCGUGCGGAAUGAGCUCCGUCAGCGUGAUCCCGACCUGAUGAACUAA